AUGGACUAUCUGCAAUUUCACGACGGAGAGACAGCUGAUCCAGACAAUCCGCCGAUCGGGCCGAAAUUCUGCGGACGGAAUCGUCGGUUGCGCGUCGUAUCCACCGGACCGAGUCUGCUCAUCUUGUUUGUCACGGGCAGUUUGAUUGGUUCCCGUUCGGAACGCGCUCGCCUGAAUGAUGGUACAAACGGACCGUUCCGCCGUCGCGGAUUUCGACUGCGCUACACGUUCACAGAUAAACUCCUGGUCGUGCAUCCAAAUCAUCGUAUGUGGCAUAUACGAGGCACAGGUAAGUGUGCUCUUCCAGUGUAUGGCUUUCAUCAUUCACGUGAAUUGUCCUGA